UUCUAAUCUUUUUAUUCGGUAUUCAACCUCCACAUUAACAUAUUUUUCAGCUAUUGAGUACAAGUAGCAGAACAAGCCAAGCCGUUGAAGAUCCUCCUUCCUUUUAGAAUUGUUUUCCUCAUUGUAGUGCAGCCUUUAGUGCCCCCUUCUUCCUCCAGUCGGAUCGUGCGGCUUUUCCUUCUUUGCCACUACAGCGUCCUCCACUGCGGAUUAGAAUUUUUAGGAGUGAUACUAGUUCAGCGCCCAAACUGCACUUGCAAGAACCACAGAUGAAGCAGUAGUUUCUACAGUAACCGCUUGCACAACAGUCCCAUUCGCCUCGACCGAGAUGCGUCAGUAAGUUGAGCCAGUUAAAAGACUGCAUUGAAGACGACAAAAUGGUACCCUCCACAAGAACUACGACUUCGUCUCAGCAUCUGUCUCCUACUUCUAUGGAGACCUCCACCGGACAACAGCCACACGACCAGCCUUCAGCUUCGUCGUCCAUAAUUAAGGCUCAGCUUUCAAUGGUCAUUGAGGUUGGUCACUGAGAUCGAAGAAGCGACCCCUUUAGAGAAUAGGGGAAAAGAAAGGGAAAGGGGAGAGCUUUGAAGGGGGUCUCCUCCGUUCAGCAUCAAUGCCCAUUGAAUGCUGAGCUUUAACGUAAAGAUGCGCAGCCGUCUUUUCGGUUCUUCUAGGAAGGGCAUCCUCCUAGUCUACGCCUUAUGUCUGUGGAAUGCUACGUGUGGAGGAACAUUGUACAUGUUCGCAGGCCUGGAGACUGAUUUGAUGCAGCUCAACGGGUGGUCAGCUGCAGAUGUGGACCUUCUUUACGCUGCCGGACAAUUCGGAGUCGGCUUGGGGUUCAUCUCGGGAGUGCUGUUUUUAAGGGUGUACGUGUAAACUGAAAGUGAAAGUAGGACUAAUGAAGCAACUGACACUGAGUAGAAGGGAAUUAUGCUACUGAAAGUAGCUGAGGAAAUACUACUGAAACAAGGUGGGGAUAGAAUCGGGGGUACUGUACUCAUGAAAGUGGAAGAUGAGGGUGGAGGCAGCAUCGAGCAUUCUGUGACUCGCUGCUGGCGUCGGCGAUGUGUCGUGUUGUAGACGUAUUUUGUAGGGGGUUUAACUUUAAGUCUUCAUCUUCAUCUUCUAAUUUUCAAACAGAAAGGCGUUUUUUGGACAUCGAUAUAUUCCUUCGUGUCGAUUGGUAUUGGGUCAGUGCUAUUUUACCUGCACUUACCGCCACCACCUGGGAGAAGCGAUCAUUUGGUUGGAGGUGGCAGCUUGCAUAGGUUAGCGGACGUAGCAGGUGGAGAGGGUUUACUAGUGCCGAAGGAGUUGGCACAAAAUUUCGAAGACCCAAGAAGAAGAACCCAAGUGCCACUGGAUGGAGCCAAUAUGGUCGACUUGCUUAUUCAAAAUCAAAACGAGAAAGCUGACAUACAUCAACAACAACUGCCCUCGUCCGCCUCAACUUUAGUUUCCUCGGCAGCGCGUGGUCUCUCAUCCCCCAAACACAAGCAACAGGCUGUCGCUUCUCCGAUGAAGAUGGCUUUCUUCUAUUUUUUGAUACAGCAUGGAAGCGUCACCUUGUACCAAAACGGGUUGUACAUUAAGGCUAGAAGAUGAAGUAGAAGAAUGAAGUUCUAAUACAUAGAUUUUAGAUCUGCUUAGUUAAUACCCUGGCUCUGCACCUUGACCUUGAGGUUCUUGCUGUAGAAGAAGCGACUCAUUUCCUCAACGCGGAAAAAGCAAAAGAGACCACCCACAUGCUAUUGAUGAUUUCCUCCUCCGUCCCAUAUUUUUUUUAACGCCCCAGGGCUAUUGCUUGCGAAACGAGUGGGUCUUACCACUGGAAUUCUCGCUGCUGGGUAUGGACUUUCAGCCGCGGUCUACAAUUUUGUGUAUGCCUCACUUCUAGAGAGCAGCGUUCACAGCUUUAUCUACUGGACAGGGAUUCUAUGGGUCUUUACGGGAAUAGCAGGCGCAAUCAUCCUGCAGGUGGAGGAAGAUACGGGAGAGGUACAAACACCAAGAAAUUACAACAUAGGUACAAAGCGAGUACUAGUUUCCUUCAUCAUAGAGAUUUUCUAAGGGAUGCAGAAGAUUGAUCCCCUAGUAUUCUUGUUGUUGUACUUCUACUUUUAUUUAUAUUAGUAUCUAUCUUUAAGCAGAAUUACGACCCUCAUCAGAUAACUCGUCAAAGUGCAGCUUUACCUGCUGUAGACCGCCCACCUGUUGGUCGAAAAUAUCAUCAGGUUAGCGAUCCGGCCGAUGAUCAGAAGCAAGUUUCAACUGCGGAAGAGCAAUCAGAUGAAAUAGACGAGGACCAUUCUGAUACUCAACCGCCUUUCGCAGGCGGUUAUAAGGAAGUAAUGCAAACGCGAACCUUCUGGGCGGUUUUUGUGCAGUUCAUACUGACACAAUGUACUACCUCUACUUUUGAUGUUUUUAGAAGGAAGAAGAAUUAACUCUCCAAUACCUACCUCUUGUCAGGCAUAUCAAUCAACCAAUCAAUCAGUCAAUCAAUGCUUGCACCAUGAAAAAUAUAUAAUUGACUUUGUCUUUGGGUUGUGGUUGUGCCUCGUCCUCUUCAUCGAAAAUGAUACCUCCAACCACCGCCAGAAAAAACCUUACAGGUGUCGGCAGUGGCGUCUUUAUCGCGAAUUUGAAGCUUUUGUGCGGGUCUUAUGGUUACUCCGACAAGCGGCGCGACUCUGUCGUGACUCUAGUGUCGCUUUUCAACGCGGGUGGUCGUCUCGGUGCCGGUUUCUGCCUCGAUCUUCUGCAGAAAAAGAUACGUCCAGAGAGGCCGAUGAUAUUUUAAGACAGGUAGUUUCUCGUAUGCGUCCUCGUUGUCCUGGGUCGUGUUGACAUUGAGGUACUCCGCGAGUCGGUGACUUCUAUCUUAGAAGAGGUCGAUUAGACUCCUUUCGGCUUUGGGAGCCUUCUAAAGAGCCUUCUAAAAUAUCGUUCAAAUCUGGUGCUAGAAAACGACACAGCACGCCUAGUCCGGUCCCUCUAAACUUCGUCAGCCGUCUUGAUGGGGCUGGCGAGCUAUUUCGCUUUAGUUCAAGGACAAGGGAGUGAACUGUGGCUGUGGGCAGUGGGGCUUAGCUACGGUUGUAAUUGGUGCGUGCUACCCGCUUUUAGCGUCCGCACCUUCGGCAAAGAAAACAUGGUCUUUGGCUUCGCUUUCCCGGUCUUCUGCAUGUCCAUUGCCGUGAAACUGAUGUCACAUUUAUGGCAGACUGCAGAUCGUCAACGAUGAUAACUAAUUUUUACAGCCUUUUCCUGUUUGCAUUCAUGUCCAGCUACAACGCAAUUAUAGCCUUCCCCCAUGCUACUCGGUACACCAAGACCAUCCAUCUAGGAACUACAUCUUGUUAUUGUCUCUUCACUCGUUCUUCUAACACACGAAGCUGGUUCGCAUUAUGACGAGGCAAAAGACAGCAAUACUGACCCGAACGAGCCUUUCUGUACGCCAGCGAGCCGUUGCUUCGGCUUUAUUGGGAAGCUCUCGCUGUUUCUAUGCGCCUGCAGCUUGCUGAUUAGCGGAAUAGCCUACAAACUCAAUGCGCGCGAUGCUAGGAACUACAAGAUAAACACCAGAAGAGGACAGGAGAUGGAGGUCCACAACAGGAAUCAACGGAGGUUUUCCGCAGAUGCUGACGAAGGUGUUGAAAUAGAUCAAGUGGGUGGUUCAACACAGUCGAGGAUCUGAGCAUAUUGUCCAAUUUACUUAUGAUACGAUGAGGACGAUGGAUACUACUUGUACAUCAUGACAGGUUUGAAUUUAACAUGUUUGAAUUUAUCAUUUUUACUUCGCAUAUUCGUUUUCUUGUUUUUCAUUCGUUGAGCAUACGUAUUACCAUUGCUUUAUGUUUUACUACUGACCUACUUCUACCUAGGUACUACUUCUACAUAUCGUGGCAUUGGCGCGCAUGUAUCAAAAACCGAUUUUCCAACCUCUGCACAAAGAAGGCUCUUGGAAUGAGCAGCAGACUAAUUUUUGAAGACAUGUCAAGAUCAUGGACGAUCAAUCCCCAUUCCUUGACCAUGAACUUGCGCAUUUUUGAUAUCACUUUGUAUGAUUGACCUACGCUUGUGUGAUAAAGAAAGUGAAAAAUGAACAUCGACAAAGAAACGAG